AAUCUGAACCAGACCUGAUUUUACAAACAAGUCAAAAUCCCUAACCCGAACGUUGACCCGAACCAAUUCAGAUCGAGUUUUAAUCAGGUCAAAUAUUGACACUCCUAUACAUGAUAUAUCCAUUAUAUGUUAGAGCCCAAUCCCAAAAACUUACAAAUGAAGGCAAAAGCAUUCAAUUUCUUAAGUUUAAAGCCAAGUAAAAAAAAAUUCCCCUCACAUCAUAUAUUUAAUAACUUCAUCCACACUACUGAUCUCCACUACACUCCCACCACAAUGCUUCUUGUCUUCCUCCUACUGGCUUCCUCCACAGCCGCCUCCGCGUCCGGCCAUUGCUCGCCGGGAACAACCACAAAACCCUACGUGAAAUGCCUGACUCUCCCAACCCAAGACGCCUCCAUCGCCUGGACCUACCACCCCCACAACGCCAGCGUCGAUCUCUCCUUCACCGGCACCUUCAUAUCCCCUUCCGGAUGGGUCGCCAUCGGCAUCAACCCUGAAAGCCUCUCCAUGUCCGGCACCCGCGCACUAAUUUCCUUCGCCGAUCCCACCUCUGCCUCCCUCCUCGUCCUCCCCUUCCUCCUCGACUCCUCCGUCAAACUCCAACGCUCCCCGCUCCUUUCCCAUGCCCUCGACAUCCCUUUCCUCUCUUCCUCUGCCUCCCUCCUCCACUCUGCCUCCGUCCGCACCACCGCUGUUAUCCGCAUCUCCGCCUCCCUCCGCCUUUCUCCCAAUCGCACCCGCAUUAAUCUCAUCUGGAACCGCGGACUCUACGUUCAAGGCUAUUCCCCAACCAUCCACCCCACCACCCCCACCGAUCUCGCCUCCCGCGCCACCAUCGACCUACUCUCCUCCUCCGCAGACAUCUCAUCAACCCUCCCAACCUGGUUCCGAUCGGCACAUGGUUCAAUCAAUGCAAUAACAUGGGGGUUCUUCAUCCCGGCGGGGGCGAUGGCGGCCCGGUACCUGAGGCAAUGGCCGGGAAUGGGGCCGGCUUGGUUCUACGUCCACGCCGCGGUUCAGAUGACGGCGGUGGUGAUCGGAGCGGUGGGAUUCGGGUUAGGGAUUGCGAUGGGGAAUGGGGUUUAUACUCUGCAUAAGGGAUUAGGGAUUGCGGUGAUGACGGCUGGAGGUUUGCAGGCGGCGGCGAUGUUUUUCCGUCCGGCGGAGACCCACAGGUGCCGGAAGUAUUGGAAAUCGUAUCACCAUUUGGUCGGGUAUGGAUUGGUGGUGAUUGGAGUGGUGAAUGUGUUUCAGGGAAUGGAGGUGAUGGGAUUAGGGCGAUCAUAUGCGAAGUUGGUUUAUUGUUUGGCGUUGGCGACGAUGGCCGGGGCUUGUGUGGCGCUAGAGGUGAAUGGGUGGGUGAUUUUUUGCCGGAAGGCGGAGGAGGAGAAGCUUAGAAGAGAGGAAGCAGGUGAGAGACGGCGGUUUACCGGAGAUAAUUGCGAUGCACGCGGCGGAGGGUACAUUGCCAAGGGAUCAAGGAUUGUUUGAGGGAGAAUUUUUUAUUAAAAAAAAUAUUUAGAUAUAUAGCAUUCAAAAUAAAAGAAUUUAAUAUAAUUCUUCAGCAAUAAAAUUAACAAUA